AGCUAGCCUGAGCUGGUGACCCUGUUUCAUGAGCUUGCCAUGCAUGUACCAAUUCAAACCAAGGAGCUGGAGCUGGGCCAUUCUGGCGUUUUCCUGCUGAACAGUUCUAGGUCUCAUUCCGCCAGGAUGCACGUAGAUGCACGUUGAUGCAUGCAACUUUCUGGGUCAUACAACAGCUUGCUUAUCUGCGCAACGCUGCUGCAUUUGAGCGAGCGGUACUCACAACGAAAAGUAAUAAAGGAAUGGGCGCUGUUCCGCUCAAUGACGAUGACCAUCCCACACUACCGCAGUCCCCAUUCAGAGCACGACUUGCCAGUGAGGUCCGCAAGAAGCUAGAAGAGGCUGUGAGGAAGACAGGGAGCGAACGAGUUCGGCAGCUGCAAGACCUGUUCACGGAUAUCGCUUUGGAGGUCAACACAAAAGCAGAAGCGAACCUGUACAAAGUCAACACUGCGACAAUUGAGGCCAAAGCUCGCCGGCGGAAGCGCAGCCUGUGCUACUACGAGGUCCUAGCGGAGCACUACUUCCAGUCGCCCGACGACGCCAAGGAGAUUGUGCCGCUGAUCAGUGCGCUCUGGAGCCAGUACUUCACGUUCCAGAUCUUCGCACUCCUGCUCUACCGAUGGCUGUUCGAAACCCCUCCAGUUCAAUCAGACGAUAUGCUGCGCUUCAACAAGGCCUUCCUUAACGGAGCGAGCCACGUCUUCUGGAUUGAUAUCCAAAGCAACGCUGUCCGCUUCCAGCCAUUGUACCGAUACAUCCUGUAUGACGUCGUCCUGAACGAUGCCCGCGUCAAAGAGUUCCCAGCACAGGUCGACAGUGACCUGUUCAAGCUCGCCUCCCGCUUUCUCUUCUUCUAUGAGCAUGCUGACCAGCUGGCGGUCCUCCUCCAAACGCUGCCCGACUCGGUGCGGAGAGCGUCGUGGAGCCUGCCGCUGGAUAUCUUCGCCACGGAGGUUACCAACCACUUGCAGAAGAUAAAGGUCGAGCCGGUGUUGUUGACCUAUUUAGAGAGCCUACGUGCGCUCAAAGGUCUCCCACUUCGGACGACGUCCCAGAUCCGGCUGCAAUCGGCUCUGUACAGUAUGACCUCUCCAGGGGGACCCCUCUACCCGCCCCGCUCCGUCAGGCACGCCUCCACCAAAACGCUGGACACGCUGUUUCCCGUGGGGAAGGAGUUUCGCCAGAUUAUCAGCCUUGCGUUCCGCCUUCUUCAUCCGUACUACUGGCCCUCCUCGUUCUGGAACUUUCUAGUUACAAAAGUCCAGGCUAUCUGGCGGAGUAGUCAAGACAUCGCGAAUAGACUCUGGGAGACGUUUCCCUUACGACAAUGGCAAAGACACGUCGACUAAGGAUCUUGUGUCUGUUUCUGUUUGAGUAUUAUGGAGGACUGUCUGAGCUUAUUGACGCUUAUCAAUCUGUAUCGCUUAUUGGAAUCGGGCGGCUGCCUAGGGUACGAGUGUACAUCUUACUAAUCCUUACUUGAACAAGCUGAUGAGCGUCAUUCGUAAGCCCCGAGGAGACUGAGCGGGCCUCAGCAGGUCAACUUGAUCAAAUCGACUUGUAGAUCUGGUGCACUUUGUAUGCAGCAAAGUACAUAGACGGCCAUACGGUUGAUCAUUUAGUGCAGCCAAAAUUUGAUCUUCGAACAUGUAUAAGCUAGAGCUGCAAGUUGUGAGUGCGUGCCGCCAUGCAUGCAUGUGCAUGCAUGCAUGUUGGGACGUGCAAAUGACGGUUUGAAACUUAACGCGAAUGUGACUUCGUCAUUAUAAGUAGACGGUAUAGGCCGGGG